GAUAAAAUGUCUGCCCGGGACCAGAAAUUGACUAAUGAAGAGAUUCCCCUGUCAUGGCGAAGGUUUACCUAUAAAGAUGAGAAACUUUUCACUUUACAAAAAUAGAUGAGGAUCACAGAGUUCACAAAUAUCACUCAAUCAUCCUUAGAAGUCAAUCAGCAUGGUCAGAAUCGCUAUCGCAGGAGCUUCAAGCGAGCUCGCUAGAGAAAUCGUCGACAGGCUUGUCGCUACUGGGAAGCACGAAAUUAUUGCACUCGUCCGCAAGGAACCAUCUGCAUUUCCUGAGCUCCCAGGUGUCACCUGGAUUCAAACUGAUUACAAAAACAAGGCGGAACUCGUUGGGUUGUUUCGCGGCGUUGAAACCGUUCUUUCUUUCCUUGCCGUUCACUUGGAUCCCGGUAAUGAGACCCAAAAGCGACUUAUUGACGCAGCUGUUGAAGCUGGCGUGAAGAGGUUCGCCCCAUCUGAGUGGGCAACAGGAGCCAAACUGGCAGACUCGCUCGAUGUUAUGUCAUGGUACAGCGGAAAGAUUGAGAUCAGAGAGUAUCUCAAGAGCCUGAACUUUGAUAGAAAGGUUAUCGAGUAUUCACUCUUCCAGCCCGGUGGCUUUAUGGAUUACCUUUGCCACCCGUACAAGACUGCAAAGUACAUCACCACUACCGUCGUCAAUAUCGAUUUCGUCAAAAGACAUGCGAUAGUUGUCGAAGGUACACUUGACGACGAGAUCACCUAUACAAGUGUCGAAGACAUUGCCAACAUCGUCACUCGGGCUAUCGACUUUGAGGGCGAGUGGCCGGUGGUAGGAGGUAUCAGCGGUGAUCGAAUCUCUAUUCGUCAGCUUCUAAAAGUUGGAGAAGAACUGCGAGGAGAACCCUUCGCUAUCGAGUGGCUCAAGAUGGAAGACCUCGCCGCUGGAGAACUCAAGACAGAUAAUUAUCCCAGACUUCCACUGCCAUCUGUUCCUCAGGACCAGGUGGAAGCUUUCUCAAAGAUGGUGGUUAUCGGUACACUGACUGCUUUCCACCGUGGAGCUUGGACUGUCUCGGAUGAGUGGAAUCGGAAGUUCCCUGAUUAUAAGUUUACGAAAGUCGAUGAGCUGUUGAGGUCCGCAUGGGAUGGCAAGAACUAA